UUGUACAAGAAUAAGUUUGCUGGAAAGAAAGACAACAAUUCCAGCAAGAAUGCAUUUCAAGACAAGAAGAAUAGCAUGUUGUUCUCGAAACCUAACUCGCAGCGAGUUGAAAAAGACCAAUGCAAGGAGUGUCGUGGUUUUGGGAACAUUCAAUAUGAGUGUGCUAAUCUUAAGAAGAAGAACAAGUCUCUAAAGGCAAUAUGUGAAGAUUCAGAUGAUGAGGGCACAGACGAACCUCCUUCGCACACGAGUAAUAUGGCGAUCCACACAUCUUUAAAGAAGUUCAUGUGUCUCACCACAUCGCAUGUUAUAACCAAGGUUGAAGAAU